AUGUUUGUCAGAUGCCUCUACAGAACAGCUCAGAGUGUCAGAGAAAGCAAAGGAAGAUGUUGGAUGAGUUUAUUCUUCACUGAAGAUGAUCUCCUGUCAGCAGCUACAGCUUACCUGGUAGGGCCAAGAACCAGAGCCCUGCAGAUGCUACGAUGCCACAGUCACCUCAGCUCACACCUGCCCAAACCUUGCCUGUCCUCCUGGUUCACAGUCCUGUCAGCUGGUUUCCACAUGUUUCUACAUCUCAAUGGUCUCCCUGAUCCAUCAGUGAUCUGGAUCCCAACAACCUUCAGGAAGAAGCAACGUUGCCCCAGUGAGCAUCUUCCAAGUAACGAGGCGCCAUUUCAGUAUCCAGAGGUGCAAUGUCAGGAAUCACCAUGUCCAGAGUCACCGGGUCCAGAGUCACCUGGGCUGGGGACUUUUUAUACAGAGCCAGAAUCUAUAACUGUGCCUACCCUGGUGAAUCCGCCUCCAGUGCAAUCAAGAUGUGCCGCUUUCCAUCUAAUCAGUUAUGAUUCCAUUGAUACACAGGAUCACAUCUCUGAGCAACCAACAGACGCCUUCGGAGAGAUCGAGUUCGUCGGCUCCAGAGGCAGACGCAGUAAUUUUCUGCUUCUGUCAUGUGACAUGGACCCUAAAGAAGCCUACAAACUGAUCACAGAUCAUUGGAAGCUCCCCUCCCCUAACCUGGUAGUGUCUGUGGUCGAGGGAGAGGGGAGGGAGGAGAUCAAACCGUGGGUGAGGGACUUCCUGAGGAACGGUCUGGUCAGAGCCACUCAGAGCACAGGUGCAUGGAUACUGACAGAUGGACUGAGGAGGGGCGUGGCCCGCUGUGUGGGAGAGGCUGUGAGGGACUACAGGACGUUGGCCCCAGCUCUGUCUCAGAAGGUGAUGUUGGUGGGUGUGGCUCCGUGGGGAAUGGUUCAUAACAGAGAGCAGCUCGUUAACCCUCAGGGCAGCUAUCCUGCUUGGUAUCUCACCACAAAAACAUCCAGGGACUCUUUCUGCCUUGAUAACAACCAUCAGGCCUUCCUCCUGGCGGAUGAUGGGAUUGAGGGCAGUUGGGGAGGAGAGAGAAGCUUCAGGACCAGUCUGGAACACUACAUUUCCCUCAAGCGUACCAGCAUUCAGGGAAGUGGCAGCACAGAAAUCCCGGUGGUCUGUAUGCUGAUCUCUGGAGACUCCAGCAUGUUGGAGCGGGUAGACUCAUCUCUGAGGAAAGGGAUACCUUGGUUGGUUUUGGCUGAUUCUGGUCCAGCUGCAAACUUCAUCACUGAGCUGCUGAACGAUAUCUCCUCUGGUGCCCCCAACUUCUACUCCAGUGCAGUGGACCUCUGCGUGAAGCUGAAGGUCAUGGUUUCUGAGAGCCUGAGGAGACACUUCCCUUUUGAGUAUGUGGACCGUCUGCUGUACAGAGCUCUGAGCAUCCAUAAGCACAGAGACCUCAUCACUGUGUUUCAUGGAGAACUGGAUGGCUCUGAGGAUUUUCAGUCUGUUCUGCUGAAUGCUCUCAUUGAAACCAAAGAGCGUGCGCCCAGUGAAACCAGCGAUUACACUGUGGCCCUCAAACAGGCCGUGGCGUGGAACAAUGUCGACAUCGCCACGUCGGAGCUGCGAAACGAAGACAUCCAAUGGAAGACUACGGACCUGGAGGACUUAAUGACUGACGCUCUGAUAAAGGACAACCUGGAGUUUGUGCGUCUGUUCUGUGAGAACGGUCUGAACAUCCAGGAAUACCUGACCUACGGUCGCCUAGAGAAACUCUACUCUUCUCUGUCCCAGAGCUUGCCUGCCUACAAACGUCCCAGCAAGCGUAAGAGGAGGGCGGGGCCAACCAGUGAGACGUCACAGCAGAGGAGAAACAGCCCAGACAAGUUCAGACUGUCUGAGGUGCGAGAGUGCUGUGAGAACCAGUGCGGGAUGGCACCAUGCAUGGCAAGGCUACUCAACCGGCUAGAUGAGCUAACACGGUGGGCGAAGAUGAGGAUCAAGCCCUCAAAGUCCGGGAGUCUGUCGAUCAAGGGAGGCGUGAAAGGGAACAGCACAGUGUUCAUGGCUGGAGGAGAGAAGAUCCCCCUGCUGGCAGAAACACCCAUCCGAAAUCUCGGGAGGCAGUAUACAUCAGAGCUCUCAGACAGGCAGAUGGGAAAGGUAAUCCAGAAACAGCUGAACGAAGGGCUGGCAAAGAUUGACAGCAGCCAGCUUCCCCAGAAGCUGAAAGUUUGGUGCAACCAAUUCAAGCUGUACCAGAGGUUGAUGUGGCUGUUGAAAGUCAGUGAAGUUCCAUCUACAGCUGUCAGCAAGAUGGAUGGUAUUACCAAUACCUACAUCAGGAAGUGGCUGGGCCUCCCUCGCUGCUUCUCAGACGCAAGCCUUUUUGGCAAGAACAUGCUGCAACUGCCCCUGAAGUCCAUUAACAUUGGAUUCAAAUGUAAGUGGAAGGCACAGCCAGAAGUGGACCAAGCCAUCAGCAGGUUGCAGCAUAAAGAGGUCGUGGGAAGAGUGCAGGACAGCCAGGCAGGGCUGGACUGGGAAGAGCCUGUCAAGUUCUGGUUGAAAGCCACAAGGGAGCAGAGGAAGACCAUAGUUUUACCAGGGGAGAACCAUCCCAAGCCAGCAGCCAGGACACCGACAUCUCUGCUCGCUACUGGGAAGGAAUGGGAGAUGCGAGUGGACCUUCGAAAGCAGCUAGUGUUCCCACCGGAGAUCACACUGACAACACCAAGGCCGGAUGUUCUCAUGUGGUCGGGCACUGCCAAGAGGGUACUCAUAGUCAAACUCACUGUCCCCUGGGAGGAAGGAAUACCAGCAGCACAUGAGCUCAAGCGGACGAAGUACUCCGCCUUGGCCUCAGAGUGCAGAGACAUGGGCUGGGCUGCAACCUUCCACCCUGUGGAAGUAGGAAGCAGGGUGUCCCGUAUGCUGUGGAACCUGACUGGUGAUGUCUGUCAGCCAUUUUACCAUCUUCAGGGUCGGGACCACAACACCAGCGCCGGGGAGAUGUGCAAGGAAGAGAAUUCAGAGAAAAAUGACUCCUGCCCCUCACCGUGGUCGGCUCUCUUCAUCUGGGCCGUCCUACUGAACCGCGCUGAGAUGGCAUUAUACUUCUGGGAGAUGGCGGGGGAGUCGGUGCUGAAUGCUCUUGGUGGCUGUAAACUUCUCAGAGAGAUGUCGAAGCGGGAGACUGAGAUGGAGAACCAGCUGGCCAUGGAGGAACUCGCUCAGAAGUUCGAGAACCUUGCACGCGACAUGUUCGGAGAGUGUUAUCAGAACAGUGGAAGUCGCUCCUUCAUACUGCUUCUAAAUAAAUCGCCAGUGUGGGGCAGAGCUACGUGUCUCCAGAUGGCGACAGCAGCAGAUGCCCGUCUGUUCUUCAGCCAUGAUGGCAUCCAGUCUUUGCUGUCUCAGAUCUGGUGGGGGGACAUGGAUAAGGACACGGAGGUCUGGAAGUUCCUCUUGACGUUCUUCAUACUCCCCCUCAUUUACACAGACCUCAUCAGCUUCAGACAGAAGCCUCAGAUCUACACCACCAACACAUUAGCAUGUAGGCUGGCUCUGGGGACGUGGAAUGUCAUCUCUCUGGUGGGGAAGGAGCCUGAGCUUGUGCGUGAGGUUGAACGGUACCGGCUGGAUAUAGUUGGUCUCACCUCGAAACACAACUUGGGCUCUGGAACCAGUCCUCUUGAGAGGGGUUGGACUCUUUUCCACUCUGGAGUUGCACCUGGUGAGAGGCGCCGAGCAGGUGUGGGCAUACUGAUUGCCUCCGGGCUGGCAGCCUGUACAUUGGGGUUUACCCCGGUGGACGAGAGGGUAGCCUCCCUCCUCCUUCAGGUGGGGGGACGGGUCCUGACUGUUGUUUGUGCGUAUGCACCGAACAGCAGCUCAGAGUACCCACCCUUUUUGGAGUCGCUGGAGGGGGUGCUGGAGAGUGCUCCUUCCGGGGACUCCAUCGUCCUGCUGGGAGACCUCAGUGCUCAUGUGGCCAACGACACAUUUAUUGAUUCUGUAUUUGGUUGCAGUGAGAAAACCCCAGAGGAGUGUGAAACUUUAAAUAAAGACGUGGAAGACUCUUCUCCUCCUAAGUCUAAGAAGUCAUUCUUGGUGUCUCGGUGGAAGCAGUUCUGGUUCGCCCCUGUCACCUCCUUCCUCAGUAACGUGCUGAUGUACUUCCUGUUCCUCUGCCUGUUUGCGUACAUUCUGCUGGUGGACUUUAAGCCCCCACCUCCUGAUGGCCCAUCCAUCUCAGAGUAUGUGCUCUACUUCUGGGUCUUCACCUUCAUGUGUGAGGAGAUCCGACAGAUGUUCUCGGAGGAUCGUAAGAGCAUGAUUCAGAGGAUACAGAUGUACAUCAUGGAUGACUGGAACAAGUUUGACCUCGCAGCCAUCUUUCUCUUCCUGCUCGCUCUCUGCUGCAGAAUGUUCUCUCCAUCAUAUGAGGUUGGUCGAGCAAUGAUGGCCCUAGACUUUAUAGUUUUCACCGUUCGACUGCUUCACAUCUUCACCAUCCACAGAGUGCUGGGACCAAAGAUCAUCAUUGUGAAACGGAUGAUGAAGGACCUCAUCUUCUUCCUCUUCUUCCUUGCCGUGUGGCUCAUAGCAUAUGGAGUAGCCAGCAAGGCACUGCGUUACUCCUACGAUCCCAGUCCAAUACGGAUCUUGAAUCAAGUCUUCUACCAACCAUACAUGUACAUUUUUGGACAGUUUCCCAACAUUAGUAUGGACGCUGAUGUACAGGUGGAAGAUAAAUGUACAAACAACGCCACGCUGAUCAAGGCCGGGCACGAGCCGUGUCUGAACCCGUACGCUAACUGGCUGGUCAUCAUCCUCUUCAUCAUCUUCCUGCUGUUCACCAACAUCGUGCUGGUUAACCUGCUCAUCGCCAUGUUCAGCUACACCUUUACCGUAGUCCAGGAGCGCAGCGACAUCCACUGGAAAUAUCUGCGCUACAACCUGAUCAUGGAGUACUACUCCAAGCCCUACUUAGCCCCGCCCUUCAUCAUCAUCUCACACCUUCAUCUGUUCAUCAAGAGAUUCAUCCGAGACAUCCCAUCAGCCCACAGACAGUACCUUGCCCUGGACCUUGAGAAGAAGAAGGCAAGCCGGCUCUACAGGUGGGAGGCAUACCAGAAAGAAAACCUGAAUUCACCUCAGAACAAGAGAAAGAGAGAGAGCGACUCGGCCCAACUCAGAUCCACAUCACUGAGGGUGGACAGCAUGCUGAAGCAGAUGGCAGAGAUCCGUGACCAAAACCGCAGGCUCAAGUCUGAGCUGGUCGCUCUUCUUGCUCAGCACUCGUCAGUCUGCUGCGAAACUCUCUCCAGGAUUACUGAGGCUCUGUGUCAGAGUGGGCGUAUGCCUCCACAGACCAACUCUACUCAGAACUUAUCUGAACAGUAGGCACGUAAACAUGCACGCUGGAGGACUACGGGAGCAAGUUGUGGUCAAACUUAGUCAUAUGGUUGAAUUGCAUUUUUUUUUUAACACUUUUGAGUGAGAGUGCAGUCAAGUGAGUUGUC